AUGACCCCGCCGGAAGGCACUCGGCGAAGACUUCGUUCCAACCACGCGUGUCUGAAUUGCAGGAGAAAGAAAUCUCGAUGCCCUGGAGAGAAGCCUGCUUGCUCGUGCUGUGUACGGCUUAACCAGUCGUGUUUCUACCCACCCGUGUCCAAGCCUGGAUCAAUAGGUGGCCAAUCUGGAACAUGUAUGCAUCCCCCCCACUUGGCUUCGACCAAUUGCUCACGAGGGUGCAGACCAACCCGAGGGAGGGAAUCAGUCCUCGAAGAUGCAAAAGAUCUCGCAGAGACAAGAUUCACACAAGGUAGCCAGCCUCGCGAUCGUCGCGAUUCGAGCUAUAGCGACCCUUCGCCCCCUAAUCUCGCUUUUGAUGAUGCCAGCCCCCAGCCUUCGUCGCUGGCCGUGGCCCGAGCAGUCGAUUCGUACAUGAAGUAUUGCCACCGACAGCCCGUCUGGUGCUUUAAUUUCGAAGAACAUGGGGAUCUGGAAUCCAUACCAGAAGAGCUCCUCUGUAGUAUCAUUGCGCUGACGGCGCGGUUCUCGCACGAAGGGGAACAUGGGCAGCACCAUGCGGAUACAGCGAAGAGCUUAAUUAUGCUGCGGAUUGCGAAUGGAACGGUGGAAUUGAGUACGAUCGAGGCUCUGUGCCUGCUGGCGUAUUCGUCGUUUAUUGAUGGCGAUAUGCACCUUGGUCGAUUUCACCUCGGACUUGCAUUUCAGCUCUGUCGGUCUGCUCUGCUCGAUACAGAGUCCGCUUAUACUCCUGGAGACCCCAACACAGAGCGCAAAAAGAGGUUAUUUUGGAGUCUACAGCUAUUGGAACAGUCGUAUGGCCGUCAGACCGGGCUGCUGAGCAUUCCGCUGGAGACCUGGCGUCCCGCGGACUAUUUCUCAGGCAACAGCAAAGAACCACAAAGAGACGCCGAGAAGCCUCCCCCAUUGCCGCGGGACACAAUCGGCUGCGCUGCACCGGACGAUACUGGCAUCUGGAGCAUGACAGUCCACUUUGGCUGGGUCUGGAGCAAAGUACGCACUUAUGUGUCCGACUGCGCAAACAAUCGACUACGCGAGCCCUGGCGUCACGAGUCAAUGUAUUCGAUGGUGCUUUCCGACCUGACCGAAAUCGAGAACCAAACACCACUCUGCCAUCGAUACGACCAUGUACGAUUCUACGAUCGACAGCCGGACGAACUGAUCGUCAACCGCGCGUACUGGAUCCCCUGGCUCAAACUGCAGUUCAUGUACCAUGCCAUCCUCAUCGUCCUCAACCAUCCCUUCCUGUAUAUCAUGGCCUCGCGGCAUAACCCCAACCUGGCCAUUCCGAAUAGUUUCUGGCGCCGCUCGUCGGAACUGGUCCUUCUACAUGCGACGUGGAUCGUGCGUAUGAUUGAUAUGCUAUCAGACAAGGACGUACGACUUACAGACCCCUUCUUCGCGCACGUGGCAGCAAUAGCAGCCACGGUACAGCUGUAUUACUGCUGCGCCGGAGACCCACGACUCAAGUACAAGUCCCGUGCGGAUCUAGCCCGCUGCAGGGUGUUCCUGAGGUCGUUUGUACCGUUUUCCAGGGCCUGUGCAUCAUUGGUAUGUUCCUCCCGUCCCGGCUGGCAAAGUUCGCCGCUGACCGAUCAGAACCGAUCUCUUGACCGUAUGACGCGAAUUGCAGCCGGCACCGAGAACGUAGAUUACGACAGCUGGGUUCCGUCGAAGAUCCAUCUGAACAUCCCCUUGAUGUGGAAUAUCCUCCAGUUCACCUGCAGCGACGAUUCCUAUCCGGCUGUCCCGUCUGGAAGCCUCUUGCAUUCCUCGCUCAGCGCGUCUGCCACCCGAAACGACGCCGAGGAAAGCUCUACACUCGAAAUCAUCGUGACGACUUCACCUGAAGUAACCGUCAACACCGCAGACGGCGGCCAGGGCGUCCCAAUGCCUCUGUAUCGGGCCCCGAAUUCGUCCAAGGACAGCAAUACCAGCCCAGCUACCGCUCCACAGUCUAUGCCUCCGCCAGAUGCAGUGGUAGCUCCGAUCGACAGCCUUAUGCUCAACACGCCGUGGCUAUGGGCUGAUCCGGCGCCAUUUGGAGACGUGGAUGAUCUGGAUUAUAGCACCCUGGCAUCAGCCACGAAUGCACCACCUGAACCCAGCGAGUCCCGCCCGUGCGACAUCACCCUCCAGCAAGAUCACAGCUCAGAGCAACCCCCCAACUCCUACCAGCGAAGACCACGAACGCAGCAACCGGACGAUAUCCCAAAGCGACUGCCCGCCCGUACUGACAGCCAAAGCAAUUCAUGA